AUGACUAAAAAUGAAUUAGAAAAUAAUAUACUGGAAACAAUCAAAGAGGUAAAACAAUCAAACAAAAUCUUCGAAGUCAUCCCCUCCGAUAAAAUCUAUCCUAUCCACAAUGACCUCCGCAAAUACCAUAACAAAUGGGAUAAAAAACAAGUAAUAGAAUUAGCCGAUACUUUUGGUAUUGAAAACUUUUAUACUACUGCCCAAUACUUAACUCGUGCCGUUCCCAUAGUGGGUGCGGGCUUAAUAGUUAAAGGUUAUACCGAAGCUGGGGCAGUAACAGCCGGAGUUUCUCUCUAUGCUGAUUACCUUAUCUCAAGUGGCAAAGAAAAACUUUUUAAAUCCGAAGAAAAAAAGAGAAAAUUAACCGAACUAAGCAAGGAUAUUGAAAACCUUUAUGAUCGGUAUCAAGAACUAAUAGAAAUCUUGAAACCACUUCAUAAUUUUGAUUCUUCACCAGAAUUGAAUAAGUUGCUACAAUCUUUAAGAGAAGAACUAGAAGAGAUUUUAAAAAAAGGUGAAGAUAAAAGUAGCAAAGUUAAAGAAUUAAUCCUUUUAAAUAAUGGGAUAAAAGUUUUAGAGUCGUGGAAUAAUCUUUCCUUAACAGCAAAGGCUAAAAGAAAUGAACAUGGAAAAAUUAAGCAUUUGAUUACUAUCUUACAAACUGCUAUUAGUGAGUAUAAGCAAGGAAUUACUAACAAUGAGAUAGAAAAGAGAAUAAUGAAUGGAAUGCAAGAAUUAAGUAAAGGAGUUAAAAGAGAAAAUAACCAAGUUUGCCACACAGUUGAUUUAAACGAUGAAGAAAAAGAAAUUGAACAUAAUGGUCAAUUAGAAUUAGUUAAUCAACAAUUGCAACAUCCAAAAAAUGACUAA